AGGCUCCCGGUCGGGCCCGCUUCCGUAAGAUUGGAAUAUCUCCUACGCCUAAUAUAUACGGAAUAACUCAGUUCACAUCUAGAAUCCGCGAUUUACAUGGAAAUAUACAGAAAAGACCAUUCGCACCAGUGAUGCAAAGCGCUACUGCGCCUAAUACAUUUCGACUUGCUUUGUGGUAUGGAUGACUUCCUGUUUGCGCACACUACCAAAUGUGGCCUCCGCGAAAAGAAAUAACACCAUGGUGAAAAUUGCUGUGCUGUGAUAUUGCUUGGAUGGAAAGUGUUUUCUAGAUCAACGAACGUCUUUGGGCGGAUGCACGUUAUGCUUAUUUAUUACUGAAGGUGCGAAAAGUCCAUAUGCAACCACCUUAACGGCGUAGGAAUAUGUUGUGGUUUAUUGACGUCAAAAAGUUAGCGUAACCUUGGUGUGAUUAUGCUUAGAGUAUGGCAUGGAAAUUACUGUUAUCAUCUAACAUCUGUCCCGAUAAUGUGGAAUAGGUGAAUAUUGUGAUUUUUCAUUCUUUCCGGAUUAUAUACUGCUGGAAUAUAUUGUGCUGACUUCAUGAUGAAUUUCGAAAUUCCCGUUGGAUUGACAGACUUACUGCAGGAAUUUACUGUGGCCGUUCUGCGAGAAAAGCCAUCCCCCGCAGACCUUGUGCAGUUUGCCGCAGAUUACUUCAAUAAAUUGAAUGACUGCAAAAAUGUAGACAAAAUAAAUGAGAAGCGGGGAGUUCGGUUUGUUCAGUCACCAGUGCCAAACCAGUCUGAUGAGCACAUGCAAACCGAUGAAGAGGACGAAGACGAUGAACCCAUGGAACCGCCUCCCAUGUCCCGGUUCCAGAGGAGGAAAUCAGUGUCAGCAGAAGGUUAUGAUCCAGAAGCAGAUGACGACAACUCAGAAGAAAAAAUUGUUUAUCCUAAAUCAGAUGAACAGAGACAGAGGUUGAGCAAGGCAGUAGAGCAUAUACUUUUAUUCAGAUCAUUAGAACAAGAGCAAAUGCAAGAAGUAUUAGAUGCCAUGUUCGAAAAAAAGGUGGAACCGGAAGAACAUGUAAUAGAUCAGCAUGAUGAUGGUGACAAUUUUUAUGUAAUAGACAGUGGAUUGUAUGAUAUUUAUGUAGAAAUAGAUGGUAAACCAAAAAAAGUAGGCGCUUACGAUAAUCAGGGAAGCUUUGGAGAGCUUGCACUCAUGUACAACAUGCCGCGGGCAGCCACAAUCAUUGCCACAACACAAGGAACACUGUGGGCGAUGGAUCGGGUAACGUUCCGAAGGAUAGUGUUGAAAAAUGCAUACAACAAGAGGAAAAUGUAUGAGUCUCUUUUAGAGACUGUACCACUGCUCAAAUCACUAGAGUCCUAUGAGAGGAUGAAUGUUGCUGAUGCUCUUCAUUCCAAGACCUUCCAAGACGGAAGCCUAAUCAUCAAACAGGGAGAUGAUGCAGACUGCAUGUACUUCAUAGAGGAUGGAGAAGUACGAAUAGCAGCACUGAACAAGGAUGAUAGCAUUGAGAGCGACACACCCCUUGAGAGUGACGAGAACGGAAAGGAAAUUGAGCUGACCCGAUGCCGAAAAGGAGACUACUUUGGAGAGCUCGCCCUGGUCACACACAAGCCACGAGCGGCUUCAGCGUAUUCUAUGGGUAAAACCAAGUGUGCAGUGCUUGAUGUUGGAGCCUUUGAGCGUCUGUUGGGUCCAUGUAUGGAUGUGAUGAAACGCAACAUUGACAACUACGAAGAACAGCUGGUGUCCGUGUUUGGCUCAAAGACAAACAUCUCGGAUCUACGUUGAUGUGUCUGCUUCUCUCGCUAUAGCCGCCAUGUGCUGAGAACCAUGAUGUCAGCUUGAUGGACUUCGCUCUAUGCGUUGACUGUAAUGUUCAGUGAUUUGAGUUGUUCCAAAUUUUAAGAAAAGUGUUUAUGACACUGUUGUGUAUACUCUUAUUUUUAUAUUUCUAACUGUUUUAUUAGAGUAUUCCAUGUUUUAUAGAUGUUCGGAUAGUCAAUUUUUUGUUAAAUCUAUUGCAAUACCAUAACGGAAAUAUAAUUUUGCACAAGUAAGCAAUGAUUCUCUUACUGGAGU